AUGUUGGUAUUAGAUGUGCACAUUCCACACCAGUGCAACAGCCUGCCAGCCAAAUUUAAAAAACUCCUGGUGCCAUGAAAAAACCAGCAUCUCUGCAUUGGAAACCUCUGCACCAAGGAGAGCUAUGACUGUCUCAAGACUCUGGCUGGUGAUGUCCACAUCGUGAGAGUAGACUUUGAUGAGAAUCAUUAUUCCAUCAUUUGUGCUGAUGGACAUCCAGGCUUCUACCAGGGUCACUUAUCAGCUAACUGGAGAUGA